CACCUUCACGCACGCACGCACGCACGCACGCUUCCUCGAUCCCAUCCAGCAAGCAAGCAGGCAGCAAGGGGUCCGUCGCCGCGCCGUCUUCCCCGUCGCCGUCCGUCACCGUCGUCGUCGCCACGGUCCAGCCCUCCGGUCGGCGCUGGUCGUCGCCGGCAGACAAUGUGGGGCGAGAGGGCUCACCACAAGCAUGGGCACCAUCACGACAACGUGGGUUCCAGGGACCGGCAGCCCAAGUUCAUAGCAGACAACUACAGCUCAGUGGAUGAGGUCGUUGCUGCGUUGAGGGAAGCUGGCCUUGAAUCGUCAAAUCUGAUUCUCGGUAUUGACUUCACCAAAAGCAAUGAAUGGUCAGGUAGGCAUUCCUUUGGAAGAAAAUCUCUGCAUGCCAUUAGUGGCACCCCAAAUCCAUAUGAGCAAGCCAUCUCUAUAAUUGGGCGAACACUAUCACCUUUUGAUGAUGAUAACUUGAUACCAUGCUUUGGAUUUGGUGAUGCUUCUACACAUGAUCAUUCGGUCUUCAGCUUUUACCAAGAAAACCGUCCUUGUCGUGGUUUUGAGGAGGUUCUUGACAGAUACAGACAAAUUGUUCCACAUUUGAACCUUUCAGGACCAACUUCUUUUGCACCUCUUAUCUACGCGGCGAUGUCAGUUGUCGAAAGCAGUAACUGCCAAUAUCAUGUCCUCGUCAUCAUAGCUGAUGGGCAGGUGACCACCUCAAAUUCAAGUGCAAGAUUAAGUCCACAAGAACAGGCAACUAUACAAGCAAUUGUUGAUGCUAGCUUCUAUCCUCUUUCGAUUGUUAUGGUGGGAGUGGGCGAUGGGCCAUGGGAUGCAAUGCAGCAUUUUGAUGACUGUAUUCCUGACAGAGCUUUUGACAAUUUCCAGUUCGUGAACUUUACUGGUCUCAUGUCAACAAGCAAGGAUAUGUCGAAGAAGGAGGCCGCAUUUGCACUUGCAGCGCUGAUGGAAAUACCCACCCAAUACAAAGCGACUCAAGGCCUCCGACCUCCAGAGAGGCACGCACAAAAUCCCAACCCUCCAAGGAUCCUUCCCCCUCCCAGCAAAGUUCUUGAACAUGACAAUAUUGCCGCAGCUUCCCGUGCUCCAGACGCAACCUCCCAGUCAACCGACGUUGGCUACACCGCUUCGGAUGAAAAGGUAUGUCCCAUCUGCUUAACGAAUCCAAAGGACAUGGCCUUCCAAUGCGGCCAUCUGACAUGCAAGGAAUGCGGGCUGACGCUAUCGACAUGCCCCUUGUGCCGCGCGCCGAUCACUGUCCGUGUGAGGCUCUUUUCAUAAAGAUGAUGCAGCCUUCUGGAGGUGAAGAGCAAGAAGUUUGGAAAGGCAAGGAGAUAUGUAAAUGUUCAUAAAGCUUUACUGUAUGUGACGAUUGCCAACUGUGUUGGCUGUCUGAUGGAUAAUUUCCAUCACCUCCUGUACAGUUUAUUACUGUCAUCUUGUAAAAAGCAGCAGCAGUAGCAGCUGUAGAAAACCGUGUUUUCUCAUGAAACCUAAAUGAAUCAAUACUAGCAAUAAUUAUUGUUCAAUAUAGUUUGCAUCUUAAUAUCA